AUGAAGUGCAUGAAAACGUACAAGUACAAGUCCAACAUGAAGAGACAUCUGCGGUACGAGUGCGGCCUGAGUCCCAAAUUCAAGUGCCACUUUUGCGGUCAACUCUUUUACUACAACUGCCAGCUGACCAAGCACGUCAAAAAGUACCACGGACUCUUCGAGUGUCCGAAAUGCCGAAAGACGUACAUGUGGAAGAGCACGUUGCGCAGACAUCUGCAAUACGAGUGCGGGCAAAAGCCGAAGUUCGGGUGUCCGAUCUGUGACAGGAGGUUCCAUCAGAAAGUCACCUUGCAGAAGCACCUACUCAAGGUGCACCUGUAA